UUUUGUUGAACUCUCCGAAACCAUAAAGUUGAAGAUUACUCUUACUUCUCUGUACCGAAACAGACUCAGAAGAAAUUACAUCACAUCGAAACAACAGACAUCGAUGAUCGAAUCGAGCUUUCAGACCAUCGAUAAAGAGGAAAAAUAACAAAGAAAUAAAGAAAACAAAGCAGAAAGCCCAAAUUGGUAAACCACGUGUAUUUAGCUAGCAUUUGUAAAAUUCAUAAAAACAUUGAAUUUUCCCCUAGAGAAGAUGCAGCUUAUGUACUAUACAGGUCAAGAUGGCAAACGUGUCUAUACUAUGAAGAAGUACAGUCCAACUGGCCUUCCUACAAUGUCUGCACAUCCUGCUCGAUUCUCACCUGAAGACAAGUUCUCAAGAGAAAGAAUAACUACAAAGACAAGAUUCAACCUACUACCAACACAACAGAAACCAAUAGUCUACUAAAUCUCAAAGGAAUCCAGUACAAUGAAAGUUUACCAAGACGAGGAUUACAGCAUUACAUCGCAAUGAUUACACCUAUAAAAUAUCACAGUAAACUAUAUUCAAUUAUUACUAAAACAAAUUUUCAAUUUAAACUCGUAAGAUAGGUUUUAAUAAUUAUGAUAAAUUUUGUUCAAGUAAUAUUUAUUAAACACCUUGUAUUUAUUUGAAUAAAUCUUUCUUUAUAAAAAACAAUUUUUAUUUUUUCACAUGUCACAUCAAAUUUUAGUGAGUUAGUCUAUGAAUCUUAGAACAAUUCAAUUGAUUUAAUUUAGCGUAUAAAAUGUUCCAAAUAGUAUUAAUUUUAUCUGUUGUAAACACUAAGUAUUAUCAGAAACUUCACCUGAAUACACAGCAAGUCCUGUAUGUACAGUAAGUCUAUUAUAAAAAAGAGCCAAUUCAUAGUAGCCUAUUGACUAAAGUGGUUCAACUUUGACCAAUAAAAAAAAGAAAAAAAAGAAAUAAAUAGGUGAAAAAAAA